AUGAACCAACCCCAACUUUGCCAAGGGGUUGUUUUGCCCGCCCAAGAACCUCGCUCCAAGACCUAUAAGCAAACUGCUAGGGACACGGCGCGGCGUCAUUCAACAACCUGCCCACAGAAGAGAGGACGGCCCAUUCCUCCGCCACGCAAAAGAGGCCGCAAAUUCAAAGCGUGUGACGCUUGUGCCUUGGCCAAAGAGGGCUGCGAUGGCGGGCGGGAGCGGCCUUGUUCUCUGUGCUUGAGUCGUCGGCAGACCUGCACUUUCGGGCGAGCGAGACUUGGGGAGGUUGACUGCCCAAAACCAUCGCAACCGUAUCUUUCAACUAGGCCUGUCCUGCCUGAUCAUGUAGGAACCGCUCUAGGUCUUUCUUGGCCCCCCCCAGAACGAGCCUCGUUGCCCGCCACUGGAAACGGACCUGGCAAAGUCUGUGGCGAUGAUCAUGGCAGCCAUUGCACGAGAAUACCGAUAUCAUUCCUGCUCCAGUACACGGACCCCCACAACAGCAGGAUUCACCAGUACUUUCCAUCUCCUCGAACAAGCAAUGAUGAUGGGUUCCCACCGUCCGCGAGCCAAGCCAAGAGUCCAGCAGAUAGCGAAAGCCCCUUAGACUUGUACGAAGACCCCAGCGGCUGGAAUUGGACCAUUACAGGAGAUACAGAGUCUCUUGAACAGUUCCUCGGACUCGACAUCUUGCCUAUUGAAAGCUGGGACUGCGGGGAUGGAGUGCGAUACUCUCCCUCAGAGGGCCCCAAAGUGGAAGAUCCUCUUAUCGAACAGCGCAUGUGCGAGGUCCUAUCGGAACUUGAUUCCCACAAUGAGAUGGACUCUUUGGGCCCAUACAUCAGAUUGAUCUUUUGCAAGACACGUGUGCAGGCAUUGACCCAGUCAUACUUCACCUCCUGGCAUCCCCAUUGUCCGUUACUGCGCGAACCGUCCUUUGACGCAGUCUCCGCCUUUCCACCGUUGCUUGCUGCCGUCAUGAUGAUCGGCGCGACGUAUUACUCGAAAGAAACUGCAGAGGCGGCAAAUAAUUGUCUCGAAGCUGUGGAACAUUACGUAUUUGAGCACGAAGCUUUUCGACGCCUUCUCGAUCCUGCAGAAGCAAAAGCUGUGAUGACAGAUAUCGCACCACUUCAAGCAGCUUUCAUUAUGGCAAUACUGCUGCAUUGGAAUAAGGACAGAGCGUCCAGAAGACGAGUUCGCCUUCACCGGUAUGCCGACCUUGUCGCCGCGGCGCGCAAUUUGGGGCUUCCGAGCCACAGGCACAGUGACGGCGCGCAAGCGGCGAUGCCGACCUCUGAGCGUGAGUGGGACGUAUUUUUCCGGGCGGAAGAAGCCAUCAGACUGGUGAACUGGAUCUUCCUUGUCGACUCAUCACACGCCAUAUUCCACCGCGCACCCCCGAAAUUGACGCUGUCGGAGAUGACAGGGAACUUCCCAUGCUCUGACGAGCUAUUCGCAGCCUCACACAGCUUCCUGCAGCAACAGCAGAGCUGGCAUCGGGCUUUCCCGAAGCUGCACUCUAUAGCGGAGGGCAUGUCCCUGCUGAUGCGGGAUCCUUGGACGGAUGAGUUGCUGGCGGAAUUCCAGCAUCUCGGCUAUCAGGGCUUCUUCAUUCUGAUAUCAGGCCUCCACGAGAUCAUCUUCAGCGCCGAGGCGUCAUGUUCUCUCGCCGCGGUAAAGCCGGUGGUGAACCGAGCACUCACCCGCUGGAAGCUGCUCUGGGACCUCCAGACGCAAGAUGUGCCGCAAGACGGAAGCGGCCGUUUCGGAUUUUACGAGAACGCUGGCGAGUAUUGGUGGCUUGCAAAGCUCUUCCUCGACAAGGGAACGCCCUCGACAGCAGAAGAGGGCGGGAAAGUCUUCGAUCAGGACUCCAUGGAAGGCGUCAAUGACUUUGUUAGGAGAUUCGCCGAGAUGCGCAUGGAGUAA